GUUACCUCAGAGCAGCUUUGGUUGCCUCGCCUCCUUGACGUCAUUGACACACGUCUGAGAGUUACGCGGGAAAACUGCCACAGUAGAAUGGAUCCCGCGGAGGUAGAGUUUCUCGCAGAGAAAGAGAUGGUAAAAAUCAUCCCAAACUUCAGUCUUGACAAAAUCUAUUUGAUUGGGGGAGAUCUGGGCCCGUUUAACCCAGGUCUGCCAGUGGAAGUUCCUGUGUGGUUGGCCCUCAAUCUUAAACAAAGACAGAAAUGCAGGAUAGUUCCUCCAGAGUGGAUGGACACCGACAAACUAGAGGAGAUCCGUGAACGGGAGAGAAAACUAGACGCUUUUACUCCCAUUCCAAGUCCAUAUUACAUGGAGCUAACCAAACUAUUACUCAACCAUGCUGCAGAUAACAUCCCCAAAGCCGAUGAGAUCCGAACCCUGGUGAAGGACAUUUGGGACACACGUGUGGCCAAACUAAGACUUUCUGCGGAUAGUUUCAUCAGCCAGCAGGAGGCUCACGCACAGCUGGAUAAUCUCACACUAAUGGAGAUCAACACUACACGCUCAUUUCUGCUGGACUCUCUGAACUAUAUGUAUAAACUGCGCUCAAACCUGCAGCCGAGCAGAAGUCAGGACUACUGAGAGGUUGUCCGAUAAUGGAGGGCUAGAAUCAAAGGAUGUAUGUUAGACGUUUUUUUUUUUUUUUUUUUUUG